GGAAGUGCGAGGGCAGGGCACGGGAAGAGAGGAGGGCCCGGCACAGAAGAGGCGAGGGCGCUGUCGCGCCGUGCGAGCGUCACGGGCAGGGGGCGGAGGCGGCGCGGCCGCGCUGCGGGAAGGGGAGCGGGGGAAAGGAGCCGGAGCCCCGCGCUCUCGGGAUUCAGCGUUCCCGUCCCUCGCCUCCGCCUGGCUGAGCCAGAGCUCUUCGCCACUGCACUUUACAGCCUGGCACCUUGAUGGAAACAGAUGUUGAUGGUGGUCCGAGGUGACGUAUGACCGAGGAGCAGCAGGCCUCCUUUUUUGUUUUGCCACACUGCAGCUAACUUUGUCCGGUCUUAUAUUUGUGGGGGUUAAAUUAUUUGAACUCCAGCUGAAUAAAACAAGGGCUGAAAAUUGAAAGAUGGCAGCAAAUCCUUCAGGACAAGGUUUCCAGAAUAAAAAUAGGGUUGCAAUCCUGGCAGAACUAGACAAGGAGAAGAGAAAGUUACUUAUGCAAAACCAGUCUUCCACAAAUCACCCUGGAGCCAGCAUUGCACUUGCAAGAUCACCUCUGAAUAAGGAUUUCCGUGAUCAUGCUGAGCAACAGCACAUUGCAGCACAGCAAAAGGCUGCACUGCAGCACGCACAUGCACACUCCUCAGGAUACUUCAUAACUCAAGACUCUGCAUUUGGAAAUCUUAUUCUUCCUGUCUUACCUCGACUUGAGGCAGAAUAAGGAAUGUUGUUUGUCUCAGAAAUUCAAGAUCUGAUUUUUGUCCACAGCAGGAGCUGUCUGUCCGUUUAAUUUCUUUAUGUAUCUUAAAACCUACUUUUUUCUGGGUUCUUGCAAAUGCCAUUCAGGAGUGUGAGCUCUAGUGAUGGGGAAAUAGUGUUGAAAAUUUUUUAUCCUGUAUUUCUGUUCCUCUGUCGGGUCAAAGUCAAAUGCAAGACUUCUUGGGGUUUGAAGUGCACAGGGUUUCCUCUUCCCUGUUUCAGUGCUUCCUUUAAAUAAAUGUCCAAACCAGAGCUACCAAGAGAUGCACAAUCUGACAGCAUUUGUGUUUCUUUUUAUUAUGUACAGGUAUGAUUUUUGUAAUGAAUAAUGAAAAUUAUUUCUGUCCAUCAAAACAGACACGGAUUUGUCAAAUGCAUCAGCCAGUCUUCCUCCCCCACCCUCUCCUAUGCAGAAACAUUUAUAGUGUACUGUUUACCAUUGUAGCAUCCUCUGGUCUUAAGUCUUUAGUUACAGUGUGCCUGCCUCUUACCUUGCUUUGUGAAAUGUGGAAAUGAAUUAAAGUGGGAAAAAAGUAAAUAUUUCUAACAGUCUUUUUAUGGACAAAAUAUCAAAACUUCUCUGGACAUCUCAGAUGGAAAGUGUUGUCUGCAAAGACAAUUCCAUUUAAAAGGUCAAAUUUUUCUAGUUAAGCAUUUUUCAAGACUCAGUGUGUUUUAUUUUUGUUCACUUUUUUCCGUGGUGUUUUUAUCUGUGGUAAACAAUUCCAGCUUCCUGCUGGAAAAAGAUCUAUUGAUCUUAAGGUAAAUUACUUUGGAACUGUGAUUGUGCUGCCAGGAUAAAGUAACUUAGAGUGAAAAAUAGGCCUUACUUGGACUUGGUUAUAUCUCCACAGCUUUGCUUGUGCAGUUAGGCUACUACACUGAUUGCAUUGCCUACGGAGGCAAGUUCUAGAAAACAGAAGAGAACAGGAAAACUUAUGUGAGAAUGAUAAACCAGAAAGCAUCUGUUAAACUGGUGCCCAUUUGAAACAGCUCUGUCCUGUGCAGAAUCUUAGCUGUCCCUAAGUUUCCAGGAUUGUAGUUGGCAUUUCCUUAGGGACAUUGAGGGUAUUCUGUUUCUAUAUGCAGGGGAUUGCCUGAACCCAAUAAGCACUACUGAACUGUUAAUAUUUUACUGUUAAUAUUUGCAGUAAUCAUGAAUACAGAACAACUGUAUUUUAUUUUAUAUUUAUUAUUUUUCCUUAAACCUGCACCAAGAGAUGGGUGCAGGUUUAAGGAAAAUGCCACUGCUUUCAUAUACCUCGGCUGAAAAUAGACCUUUGCAGAAACUGGAGCAUACUGAAACAUUUUCAGGAAGGAGAAUCUUCUGGACCCAGCCUGGUAGAGCUUAAAGAUGUGCAAUUUUAACAAGAACUAUUCAUACCAUAUGCUUUUUUUUCUGGGUUCUGAUGUGAUGAGUCAUGGGAAUGAUGAUGGUUUUUGUGGGCAGUGGAGAAAGAAGUCACUUCUA